AGCAGGUUGAUCGAUCAGAGGAGCCGCAGACAUGUUUUCCUCGAACUUUGAAUCCUGAAUUAUUCCCUCCCAACAAAACUUAAAGUAUCGGAUGCGCAGUGAAUCGCUAAUAACGCUUAAAUGUUGCGUCAGGGCGGAGAAUAAAGCCAUGAAACCGAGCCGUGAGCGGGUUUUCCGGGCAGACAUGGCUGAUUUCUGUCAUGUGGUUUUUGAGAAAACCCGUAUUGGAUCUCUGUGGUCACCUGAGUGAAGAAGCUGAAAAAAAUCCACGGAGUAACCGAGUGUCAGCAAAUAUGUGGGAUAAAACACGCAGAGUGUCAUUUUAGAAAAUGCGAACCGAUUUAGAUAAACGCAGGAGUCCCAAUCUGAGAGGAAAUCCCUUUAAUUUGAAGGAAAGUCACAGAAAAGCGAAGAGAAACAGAGUUUGGCCGUUAAAACGGCUCGGAUCAACGUCACGUGAUUCCAACAACAACAUCUGAUAUCUUAGCCGAACAAAAAUAAAACAUUUCAUCAUUAAAAUGCUGUUUUUGCUGCGCUUUGCGGAGCGCAGAUGAGUCCACUCCGCGUCUUAUUGCGCGCAUUAAGCGCCGCAGUUUUGGCGCAGAAAGGAGCGCAGCGCUCUCAGAGGACAUUGAGGACAAAAAGAAGCGGAUCCGCCUGUUUUCAACCAGGAUUCUGCUUCACUUCGGGUUUCCGGGAGAUUUAAAGCCGAUCGGAGCGAACGGAACCUCAGGCCGAGGCUCCUUGUCGGUCCCCCCGCUCACGGAGCUUCCUCUGCGGCCUCCAGCUGCGCUCCAACCCGCCGCGCGCCUCACGUGUCCGGGACUGUCUUCCUCACAUGACCCGGGUGUUUGUCCCCGUGAUCAGGGCCUCCAUCUCCGUCCAUCUGAGCUGCUGAAGUUUCUUCCAUCCUGGGAAGGCUUGAUGGAGAUGCUGGAUCAGAGCCUGGAGGGCUCAGUGAGUCACGCUAAACAGGAAACAGCGGAGGUGGUGCAGCUGCAGGAAGGAGAAGCUGUGGGGACGGACGAGCAGUCUGCAGUCACCAUCACCAGCGUCCCUCAGGCUGCGUUCGCAGACCACGGCGUUCAGUACCAGUUCCGGACGGAGAACAAUGGCGGACAGGUUGAGAGAAGAAGAAGAGACAAGAUCAACAACUGGAUCGUCACGUUGUCGAAGCUGAUCCCAGACUGCAGCCAGGACACCAGAACCGGAGCGAGCAAAGGAGGCAUCCUGUCCAAAGCCUGCGACUACAUCCGAGAGCUCCGUCAGAACAACCAGCGGCUGCAGGAGAGCUACAAGGAGCUGGAGCGGGUGGAGAUGGACAACGAGCUGCUGAGGCAACAGAUCGAGGAGCUGAAGAACGAGAACGCUCUGCUCCGCGCUCAGCUGCAGCAGCACGGCGUGGAGGUGGGCGGGGACGAAACGCCUCAGUGAGCGCCUCGGACGCGGCGGCCCAGAGGCUUCCAUCAGGAUUUGGACCGCGGGGAGAACGGCGCACGGCUCCGACCUUCUGCUUUAAAAAAAAAAAGACCUAAAGGAACAACAAAAAAAACUCCUCCUCUUCCUCGCCUCCGUGUCCGACUGAUAAAUUGACCUUUUUAUGUGUGAAGCUAUUAAAUGUGAGAAAUGACCAACGGCUGCCGCUGUGAUCGGGGGGGAGGAGCCUCUCUCCUAAACUGCUCCCGGCGGCCCUGAUGAGACGAAGGUUUUUAGUUUUUAGAUGAAGGCCUGAUUGACGCCUUUCUGUUGACGUAGCUCAGGUAGCAGGAUGUGGAGAACCUGCACAGAGACGCAGCGCACUCUGCUGGCUGGGAGGGGAGUCACAGGAUGUUAAACGGCGCCGCUCCGCCAGCCGCCUGCUGCUCCAGGAUGGAAGCGUUAACCCUGACGACUAACGAGCUUCUGUUUACUGACCCCCCCUCCCCCACCGGGACGUAUAACCACUGGCAUGAUGCAUUCUGACACAAUAAAACAAACGUAUUUAUAUCCGAGUGCUGUUUGUCUCCGAAAGCGACGGAGGUUUUGGAGAAACGUCCUCUGGUCUUAAGAUGAAGUGAAUGUUUGAACUUUUGCAUCGUUUGUUUCUGUGUUUAAAUAAGGAGGAGCAGAAAUUCUGUCUGACUCCACCCGCCUCUCCCGUCCUCGCAGACGGGUUCUGGUCCAAACGCACCUUUGGCUCUUCACAGGUCAUGAGGUCUGAGCCCGAUGGUCUCAUACGUUCCACCAGGAUCACUGGUCCAUCGGCUGCAGAGGAAGCCCACAUCAUCAUCCCUUCCACACCGUGCUCCUUAGGUCCUUCCAAACAUUUUUUCUGUCCUUCUUCAGAUGCUGCUUUGCUGACCUCAGGUCUGCCGCCAUCUUGCUCUACAGAGAGGAGGCUUUCUGAUUCUGGGUCAUGACCUUUGACCUUGGUCAUUUCUGGGAAGUUAAUGCUCAAAAAUUGGGCUGAAAGUGUUGGGAUGUGAACUGGAGACUGACAUU